AUGCAUUCCAACACAGUCCUGUUCAUGAUUGCCACGGCGGUGGGCGUCACGUCGGCCGAACUCAACCUCUUCCCGGGCCAUGCCGUCGUCCGACGCGAGGUCGCAGCUCGCCAGACUGGGAUCCCCGCACUACCAAGUGCCACCGACCCUUGUCUGGCGAGCCUGAUAUCUAUCUCCAAGACUCUACCGACACCUGGUGUUGAUCUGCUAUCCGCGCUUGCCUCCAACACUGAGACCAACCCAUGUUCAAUCACUGUUGCUGCCUCUGUGUCGGACAAGUUCAAUUCAUACACAAGCACUGUUCGUAGCUGGUACUCGAGCAACAGCGCCGCAAUCAACUCGGUGCUGUCGCAAUGUCCCAAGCUCAGCUCUCUGGCCGGUCAGUUGCCCGUCUGCACCGGCAAGGAUGGCUCAAACAGUGCCGCUUCAACUACCACCAAGGCCUCUUCCGGCGCAGCCACUACUGGGCGUGCGACCGAUGCGGGGUCAGGUGGUGCCUCAGCCGCGACGGCCAGUACCGGCGACAGUUCUAGCAACCCGGCAAGCGCGGUAGCAUCCCUCACCAAAUCCGGCUCAGGACCGCGGGAGACAAACUUUGUGGCGGGUGCAGUUGCUGCCAUUGGAUUUCUUGGCGUUGUCGCUGCCUUGUGA